UACGACCCGCCUUCAAUGCAUAACAGACAACUCGCCCCCCCACCCCGACCACACAGUGCAGCAGUCUGCAAAGAAAGUGAGCGCAGCCGGAUCCCGCCCCGCGCUGCGAGCUCCUGGACCGAAACCAGACGAACCCAUCGACCUCCGCAGACGUCCGCUCCCCGGGAAGGAGGCACGGAGGCGCCGCGGGGAGCGCGCGGGGACGUGGCUGCGCUUGGACCCUUUAACCUUUGGAUCUAUGAGGACGCACGCGGGCUUCCCGCUCUCAGCAGACAGAGGCAACAGGGAGUGAUCCACCCCACCCCCUUCCCUGCAGCCCCCAUGCCAGGCAUCAGCUCCUUCAUACCUUGUUAUGAAAACUGGGACAUGGACCACCUUGACCACUACCAGCAUUAUUUCUACGACGACCCUGACGAGGACUUUUUCAAGUCCACGGCGCCCAGUGAGGACAUAUGGAAGAAAUUUGAGCUGGUGCCAACCCCGCCCAUGUCCCCCAUCCGGGCGUCAGAGGGGUCAAGCAAGGUCGGGCUCCUCCACCCAUCUCUGGGGGACAAGCUGGAGUGGGUGUCCCAGUUCUUGGGACAGGAGGACGAGCAGCAGUCGGACCUGCCUUGCAAGCUGGCAGCCACCAGCGAGACUUUUGGGAACCUGAGCUCCAUCAUCAUCCAGGACUGCAUGUGGAGUGGAUUCUCAGCUGGACAGCAGCUGGAGCGCGUGGUCGGGGAGCACUGUGCUCCUUGUCCUGGGACAGCUGCCAAAACCGCAGCAGUUUCCAGCGUGGCACCCUCUGGGAAGGCGCAGGGCGUCCUCCCUGACACGCCGGCUCUGAGCGUGUUGGCUGCAGACUGUGUGGAUCCGGCUGCUGUGCUGACUUUCCCCUUAAGUGGAGGAUGCAAGAAGCAAGUGUGUUCUGGUUCUGAAUCUCACACGGACUCAUCAGAUGAUGAGGACAAAGAUGAGGAUGAAGAAGAGAUCGAUGUGGUGACUGUGGAGCACAAGCAGCAGCAGCAGAGUAAACCGCGGCGACUAGUAAACGCUCGCAAGCCAGUGACUAUCACGGUGCGCGCUGACCCCCACGACCCCGGCAUGAAGCGGUUCCACAUCUCCAUCCACCAACAGCAGCACAACUACGCCGCCCCCUCCCCGGACACUCUGACGGCGCCUUCGGAGCCACCCAGGAAGAGAGUCCGGCAGGAGGCGUUGGUCUCGAUGACGCAGCCUCACCAAAACUCUGCGUACCAACAGCCACGACUUGGCCAUGCCCCCUUGAACUUGGAGAACAGAAAGUCUCAAUUUUCGGGGGUGAGGUCAGAGUCUCCUAACCUCAGCGCCUCGUCUCCUACCUCGUCGACAUGGCCUUCUUCUCCACCUUGCUCCUCUUCCUCAUCUCAUCAUCCUCACAGUUCUCCAUCAAAGACCCCCACUCACCUCUCAAGCCCCCAGUCCUCCGACUGUGAGGACACGGACAAGCGCAAGGCGCACAACUUUUUGGAGCGCAAGCGGCGAAACGACCUGCGCUCACGCUUCCUGUCACUGCGGGACGAGAUCCCGGGCCUGGCGGACUGCCCUAAAACCCCCAAGGUGGCCAUCCUGACCCGGGCCACGGAGUACCUGCGGCAGCUGCACGCAUGCGAGCGGCUGAAGGCUCAGGAGCGCAAACAGCUGAAAACGCGGCAGAUGCAGCUGCUGCACAAGCUGGCGCAGCUCAAACGGUCCUGAGUGGCGGCAUGAGUUUCAGGUUGGAACGGACUUCAUGAAGAAAAAACAAACACUAAUUUUCCCUUUGGGGCGAUCACGCUGGAACAGCGCGUGUGGAAUUAUUGUCCGUCUUUGUUUUUUUUUUAAUCUACUUUUGUGGUUUGCACAUUAGCCUUGGAUUGAUUGACAAGCUGUCUAGGGACUCCUGCUUCCAGGCGGGGUUAAUGUGUCCUUGGUCACAUAUUAAAAGUUUGUUGGGCUGGUAUCCCCCCCCCCCGCCCCCCUUUGAAAAUGUUAAGAUUGUUGCUGGCUGCAGCAAAGCCUGCUGGGAAAACACCAGCAUUUAUUCAACAAACUGCAGCGAACGCUCCGUUAACUUCUGCUCUGUUCAGACUUCCCCUGUAGUGACGGGGCUUGUUGUGGUCGCACAGCUGUGAUCUCUCUGCUGAAGUCGCUUCCCCCAUCCCUCCCUUUUCUGCUCCCACAAAUCUAAUCUUGAAUCUCUACGCUUCAUCCUUGGUGACUCUGCUGUGGGUCCUGUUUCUGGAACUCCCUCCAUGUCUGUUCUCUGUUACCUCAACACUUUGAAGCGAGACUUGGAUCAGAGCCGGAGCGACGCGGCGGGCUUGCAGAGUUCAAGUUCCCCUUUAGUUUUUGCUUGCUUAAAGCUCUUGUGCCUGCAGCUUCUCAUCAUUGAGUAUUUAAUCAUGGUUUGGACAGCAGCAUCACAGUAGCAGCUUAGUUUUGUAGCGUGCAUAAGAUUAAGAUUAUUGUGUUCAAAUUAAAAACUUUUUUUUCCUCCAAAAAAAAGUCAUUCCAUCUUUAAGAUUGUGCCAUGGAGACCAGCCAAAAGCAGAAUGUCAUUUGAGUAUCUUUGUCCUGAAACAGUUCUAACCAUAUUUAUUUCAUCUUUCAAUGUGAUUGAAUUUGUUUUCAUUUCAUGCCUUUUCAUUGUUGUGUGUGUGUGUGUGUGUGUGUCAUUAACUGUACGGUCCUUUCCUGAACUGGAGCGGUCCGCCACACUCAUCCUGGUUAUUUGCUCAGCCCUGGGUCUCGAACCGACGCCUGAGCCAUCCCGCUUUUCAAAGAUGACUUCUAUUUUUGUUAUUCAAAAGACUGAAACGGAGUUGAAAUGAAACACUUCAUCACACUUAGCCACUUUGUCACGAUCUUUACUUUUUGCAGAACUUGCUUGUUUUCUUGUAUUUCUAUAAGCCAGAGUUGACAAAAGUUUUAUACUAUAUUUUCUUACCUUUUUUUUUGGGGUGUGAGCUUAAAAAUAUAAUUUCCUGAGGUGGUUUAUUGGUGGUUUUGUGCUGAAAAUUGGCAUGCAUGAUCAGCUUCCUCCCCGGAGAGGCCAACAGCUGAACGCUGCUGCAUUCAAUCCGAUCAGAGUAGCCAGAGUACUAAGAUCUGACGUGUGUGGAGACUUAAGAGGAUCUAGUGCUUUAAACUUCUGGCUGUGUGUGUGGCCCUCAGUGACCUUAAUAUAAACGCUCUGCGUGUUUCUUUCUGCUAGCUUGGUGCUCUCUUUUUGUCCCGUAAGCCAUGCGACGUAACACUGUAGCUCUGGAUCUUGUACUGUAAUUGAAUAGCAUGCCCUGCUUUACCAGCACUCAGGGAAAAUCUCCUAAAUUCCCACGGUCAGGAAGAAGGCCCCCUGUUCUACCAUGCUGUGAAUGUAACACAACCUUCUGAAGAAGCCUCAAAUAGAUGUAUUUAUGAUGGACUUUUUGUCUCGAGAGAAAUGCCAAUUGUUUCAGCACAGACCACCAAUCGAUAACCCUGAUUGGGUUUUGAAUUAUUUGUUUUUGAAUGGGUGCACCCAUGGCAGUGGUGUGCACACAUCCACACAUUUGUUUAAUCACUGUUCUCUGCUGUGGCACCGUCAUCUUAGCAGUGAAUGUUGCUUUUUUCACUUCUGGAGUUCAGCUAUGGUGAAUUUUGGAGCCUUGUCUCAGCACUUUGUUUGGGUUUUUUUCUCCCUGUCUGUACCUCAUAAGCAUCUAUGUAUGAAGAGUUGAAAACAUCAAUAAAAUUAAAUUGUUUGACAUCA